AUUUCUUCUCAGACCCCAUGCAAGGAAGAAGAUAGGGGAGUGAAACAUACAAAGUAUUGGGAGAAAAACCCACCAAUCUAGAAUUCUGCACCCUGUGAAAUUUCCUCCAAAAGUGAGAAGAAAUGAAGACUCUCAGACAAACAGAAACUGAGGGAAUUUGUUGCCAGUAGAUCUGCCUUGCAAGAAACGUUAAAAGAAGUUGUUCAGAGAGAAAGAAAAUUAUAUAUUCAGAAACUUGGAUCUACAUAAAGGAAGAGCAUUGGAGAAUGAAUACGUGAAGGUAACUGCUGACAUUAGCUGCAGUGAAGAAGAAAAAUAGCCCUGGAAUCUACGAAAGGAGCAAGCUGGGACCUAGAUAUACUGUUCCAGUGUAAUGAUUCUGGGAAGCUAUGGCAAAAAAAGUGGUCGUAGUAAAAAAUGGAGGGAAAUGCUGAAGCUGCCCCCUGUCAGCCAGUGCAGCGAGCUUAGACAUUCCAUUGAAAAGGAUUAUAGCAGUCUUUGUGACAAGCAACCAAUAGGAAGACUUCUCUUCAGGGAAUUCUGUGAUACACAACAUGAUCUAAAAGGAUGCAUUGAAUUCCUGGAUGCAGUGGCGGAAUAUGAAGUGGCCGCGGAUGAGGACCGGAGAAACUGUGGACUGCAAAUCUUAGACAUGUUCUUCGGUGCCGAGUCAGCAGUCCCUUUACCAGAAAUACCUUCCUGUGUUUUGAGAGAAUGUCGGUUGAGACUGAAGCAGAACCCCGGCAAGGACGACUUUGAGGAAUGCACCAGAAUUAUCCAUAACUAUUUAAGUGGAGAACCAUUUGGAGAAUACCAAGAAAGCCCAUAUUUUUCUCGAUUUCUACAGUGGAAAUGGCUGGAAAGGCAACCAGUGACAAAGAACACAUUUAGGCAUUACAGAGUUCUAGGAAAAGGCGGAUUUGGUGAGGUUUGUGCCUGUCAAGUGCGAGCUACAGGAAAGAUGUAUGCGUGUAAGAAGCUAGAGAAAAAAAGAAUAAAGAAGAGGAAAGGUGAAGCCAUGGCUCUCAACGAAAAGAGAAUCCUAGAAAAAGUGCAUAGCAGAUUUGUAGUUAGUUUGUCCUACACUUAUGAAACCAAAGAUUCCUUGUGCUUGGUGCUAACCAUUAUGAAUGGAGGGGACUUGAAGUUUCACAUCCACAACCUGGGCAACCCUGGCUUUGAUGAGCAGAGAGCUAUUUUCUAUGCUGCCGAGCUGUGCUGUGGCUUGGAGGAUUUACAGAGGGAAAGAAUUGUGUACAGAGAUUUAAAGCCUGAGAAUAUUCUCCUCGAUGACCGUGGGCACAUCCGGAUCUCAGACCUGGGUUUAGCUACGGAGAUCCCGGAAGGGGGGACCAUCCGAGGAAGAGUGGGUACCGUCGGCUACAUGGCUCCUGAAGUUAUCAAUAAUGAACACUAUACAUUUAGUCCUGAUUGGUGGGGACUUGGCUGUCUGAUAUAUGAAAUGAUUGAGGGACAUUCUCCAUUCAGAAAAUUCAAAGAGAAAGUCAAGCGAGAGGAGGUGGACCAAAGAGUGAGGAAGGAUACCGAGCAGUAUUCGGAGAAGUUUUCGGAGGACGCCAAGUCUCUCUGCAAGAUGUUACUCACCAAGAAUCCCAAACAGCGGCUGGGCAGCAAGGCUGGAGUGGCAGAAGUGAAGGCUCAUCCCGUGUUCAAGGACAUUAAUUUCAAGAGGCUGGAAGCAAAUAUGUUAGAUCCGCCUUUCUGUCCUGAUCCGCAGGCCAUUUACUGUAAGGACGUCGUGGAUAUCGAGCAGUUCUCCACGGUGAGAGGAGUCCACCUGGACACCACAGAUGACACGUUCUACAGUCAGUUUGCCACGGGCUGUGUCUCCAUCCCCUGGCAGAACGAGAUGAUCGAAUCGGGUUGUUUUAAGGACAUCAAUGAAGAGGAGCCUGAAGAACACACGGUGUUGAAUAUAGAAGAGAAAACGUAUCACCCGGUUCCCAAACCGAAGAGAGGCUUCUUCUACAGACUCUUCAGGAGAGGGGGCUGCAUUAGCGGUGGCCCCAGCGAGAAGGAAGAGUUGCCCGCAAAUCUGUGACCACUCACUGCAGAGCCUGACCCAGCGCCGAGGAGCCCAUGCUCAGCGUUCCGUCCCGUCCCUGAGCCGCAAUAAACAUGUGACACAGCUUAACACGA